CGACGGGAGGCGUGCCAUACACUCCGCUUUUCUGACUGUUUACUUCCGUCAAUAUUCAAAGAAAAGCAGAAAAUCAUCACCGUAACAAAGGACUAGCUGUCUCUGUCUGGAGCAGGUGGAAGAACAUGCCGUUCUUGGGCCAAGAUUGGAGAUCACCAGGCUGGAGCUGGAUCAAAACUGAGGACGGCUGGAAACGCUUUGAAUAUUUGAGCCACAAGCUGGGAGACAAUAUCAAUGAACUUACCUUGGAAGAUUACCACCUCCGAUCUUUAACCACAAAGCUACACCACCUCAGAAAAGCGCUGAGGAACCGACUAAAAUGGAAGUGUGUUUGUGGCGUGUGGGAAGUCGGAUUGGACAUUGACAAGGAGAACGUCUACGUGGGAGAUGUCUGUGAAGUAGCUGCUAAGAAGAGAAAAAAGGAUUUUUUCAACAACAACACUAAGUCACAGUUUUUUUUCCAGGAGCGGUGGAUCUAUGUUCAGAAGGAGAGUACACGAGAGAGGCAUGGGUACUGUACUCUUGGUGAGGCCUUCAAUCGACUGGAUUUUUCCAGCGCCAUUCAGGAUGUGCGGCGAUUCAACUAUGUGGUCAAACUUCUGCAGUUGAUUGCCAAGUCCCAGCUGACGUCUUUGAGUGGAGCUGCUCAGAAAAACUAUUUCAAUGUCCUGGAGAAGAUUGUGAGAAAAGUUCUGGAUGACCAUCAUAACCCACGUCUGAUCAAGGCGUUGCUGGAUGAUCUAAGCUCCACGCUCUGCAUCCUCAUCCGAGAAGUUGGGAAGUGUGUGCUGAUUGGUAACAUCAACAUUUGGGUCUGCCGUUUAGAAACCAUCUUAAACUGGCAGCAGAAGCUCAACAAUUUGCAAAUUCCAAAGCAAGUUUCAAAUGGCAUAACACUGAGCGACCUUCCUUUGCACAUGCAAAACAACAUCAUGUUCAAGUUUAGUGAUGCCUGUGACAUCAUCAAUCUGGGACAAACCACACCAACACUGCAAAUGCUCAGUGAGGACCGGCAACUGUGGAAAAAACUGUGUCUGUUUCAUUUUGCAGAGAAACAGUUCUGCAGGCACUUGAUUCUGUCAGAGAAGGGCCAUGUGGACUGGAAGCUGAUGUUUUUUACACUUCAGAAAUACUACCCUGUGAAAGAACAGUACGGAGACACUCUGCAGUUCUGCAGGCACUGUAGCAUCCUCUUCUGGAAUGACAGACACCUGGCUUUAAUCUUUAAGGACUCGGGACAUCCUUGCACAGCAAAUGAUCCAGACAGCUGCCUCACCCCCGUCUCUCCCCAACACUUUAUAGACCUCUUCAAGUUCUGAAAUCCAGUAUGUUGUUGGACCUCUCGUCUUGCGAUCUCCUUUGGAACACCUGCAAACAAAGACCUCUAACACUCAUAGAACAUUUUCAACUCCAAACCGUGUCCUUUCCUCUCCUCUUUUACAUUUCCCAGACAGCCGUACUGUGAUUUAAAAUGUUCAAAUGUCCGACAGUGUAACCAAUGACUGAAUUUUCUGUUGCCUCACCCAAACUUUAAGGGCUUAUGGAAAGAUGUCAUAAUUUUAAUGUUCCUUACAUAUUUGUCCACUUUUUUUUUCCUCAUUGUGUUCUCAGACAAUUCAUCUGUUCUUUAAGCACAGAAAGAUGGGAGAUGAACAGCAAGAAAGGGCGGGAUAUGUGAAGGAGUGUUUGUUAAAGGGGAAAAAUUAAAUCUUGAUUUUGGGAAAGACAACACAAAAGUGAAAAGAGAUCCUAAGCAG